UUUGGACUCUAGAGCGUCCAGCUGCUCAGGAACCAGCUGAGCCCGCCAAUAGCAGGCGGGCGGCAAGAGGCAGCUGCCGCCGGGCGCUGAGGGCUCCGGGCUGCCGCGCCAGGGGCGGAGAGGAGCGGCGGUGGCAGGCAGGGCGCGCUGCUGAACGCUGGAGGGGGCUCUCGGCCGCCUCCUCCUCCUCCUCCUCCAGCCGGCGGCUCCCUCUCUCCACUUCCCCCUCCGGGAGGGGGCAGGUUUAGGGGAGGGGUAGCGGCAGCAGCGAGCGGCGUCCAGUUCCCGCUUCCCCCGGUCCGUAGGAGGCAGCGGAGCUCCGGUCCCUCCCGCUCCCCCGCGCCCGGCCGCCGCCGCCCUCUCAGUGCCGAGCCAGCCAGGCGGACAUGGCGCCCCUGAUUCAGCUGUCCCCCUGCUGCCCUGCCCCCGCCGCCUCCCCGCGGAGCCUUUAAUGGCUCGGACCUUCGGCGGCCGAGCCCGACUCCUCCUGCGCCAGCCAGAGGGAGCCUAGCGAGCGGGAGCCGAGCAGCCCCAACGCCGCGCACGACUUAAGAAACGUGUUUUUUGAAACAUGGGUGAAACGGAACAGAGACCAACAGCUGGAUCCCGGUUAGGAGCUCAGGAAAAUGCUGGGAUCAGUACAUUGGAACAUGGACAGAAACUGCCUAUGACACCUCCAGGAAAACUUAUCUCCAUCAAAAUCCAGAUGCUGGAUGAUACCCAGGAAGUUUUUGAUGUUCCGCAAAGAGCUCCAGGGAAAGUUUUGUUGGAUGCCGUUUGCAACCAUCUGAACCUUGUUGAAGGUGAUUAUUUUGGCCUUGAGUUUCCGGAUCAUAAAAAGAUCAUGGUGUGGCUGGACCUUUUGAAACCUAUUAUGAAACAGAUUAGAAGACCUAAGCAUGUUGUCGUAAAAUUUGUGGUGAAAUUCUUUCCACCAGAUCAUGCUCAGCUGCAAGAAGAACUGACAAGGUACCUGUUUGCAUUGCAAGUGAAGCAAGACCUGGUACAAGGCAGGCUAACAUGUAAUGACACCAGUGCUGCACUCUUAAUCUCACACAUAGUACAGUCUGAGAUUGGGGAUUUUGAUGAAACCAUAGAUCGUGAACACUUAGCGAAGAACAAGUAUAUACCUCAACAAGAAACACUAGAAGACAAAAUCAUGGAAUUUCACCGCAAUCAUAUUGGACAGACACCAGCAGAAUCAGAUUUCCAACUACUAGAGAUUGCUCGUCGGUUGGAGAUGUAUGGAAUCCGGUUGCAUCCAGCAAAGGACAGGGAAGGGACGAAGAUCAACCUGGCAGUUGCCAACACAGGCAUUCUAGUUUUUCAGGGUCACACCAAGAUCAAUGCCUUCAACUGGGCUAAGGUUCGAAAGCUGAGCUUCAAGAGGAAGCGUUUUCUUAUCAAGCUACGGCCUGAUGUGAAUAAUUCAUUCCAGGACACCUUGGAAUUCCUGAUGGCCAGUCGGGAUUUUUGCAAGUCUUUCUGGAAGAUCUGUGUAGAACACCAUGCCUUUUUCAGACUCUUUGAGGAGCCCAAACCAAAGCCUAAACCUGUUCUUUUUACUAGAGGUUCAUCAUUUAGGUUCAGUGGCCGGACUCAGAAGCAGGUUCUUGACUAUGUUAAAGAAGGAGGACACAAGAAAGUGCAGUUUGAAAGGAAACACAGCAAGAUUCGUUCCAUCAGGAGUCUGACUACACAACCUUCAGAACAGCAUUCAGAGGUGCCAAAACAAAGCUGUAGCUUUACAUUUGGAGAUGAUGCAGAUUCCCCAGUGGUGCAGAGCUGCUGGCAAGGGAAGGAACUGAAAGCUUCAACGGAAGAUGUUGGACAGCGCAGGAGCCCUUCCCUGAAGAAGAGCCCUAAGGAAGGUGGAAAGGUGGAUGGAGCGGUGAUGGUGACAAUGGAGGAAGAAGAGGAGGUCGUUAAGGAUAGGACACAGAAGAAUAGAUCUCAGUCGCAACAACCAAGCACAGGUUCUCUGACUGGCAGCCCUCACCUUUCAGAGCUCUCAAUCAAUUCUCAAGGAGCGCCAGUGGUGGCAAAUAUGUCAUUAUCUCCAAACUUGAGCCCUGAUGCCAAGCAGUCUUCUCCACUGAUCAGCCCAUUGAUGAAUGACCCAUCAUAUAUCAGGACUGAUGAUGAGGAAGAGGUCAGGAGAAAGAAAUUUCCAACUGACAAAGCUUACUUCAUUGCUAAAGAAGUAUCGACCACAGAGCGAACUUACCUGAAGGACCUUGAAGUCAUUACAUCGUGGUUUCAGAGCACAGUGAGUAAAGAUGACUAUAUGCCAGAAACACUGAAGAAUUUCCUCUUCUCCAACUUUGAACCUUUGCACAAAUUUCACACCACUUUUCUAAAGGAAAUUGAGCAGAGACUUGCUCUGUGGGAAGGCCGCUCCAAUGCUCACAUUAAAGGAGAUUACCAAAGAAUUGGUGAUGUUAUGCUAAAGAACAUUCAGAGUAUGAAGCAACUGACAGUUCACCUGCGGAAACACAAUGAAGUUUUGAUGGAGUUGGAGAAUGGGAUCAAGAACUCUCGCAAGCUGGAGAACUUGUGCAGGGAUUUUGAGUUACAGAAAGUCUGCUACCUGCCCCUCAAUACCUUCCUACUCCGGCCUUUGCACCGGCUCAUGCACUAUAAACAGAUAAUGGAAAGGCUCUGCAAACACUACCCACCAAAUCAUGUGGACUUCAGAGACUCCAGAGCUGCUCUGGCUGAGAUUUCUGAAAUGGUGGUUCAGCUCCAUGGUAGUAUGAUAAAGAUGGAGAACUUCCAGAAGCUGCAUGAACUCAAGAAAGAUUUGAUAGGCAUUGAUAAUCUGGCAAUCCCAGGAAGGGAGUUCAUUAGACUGGGCAGUCUUAGUAAGUUGUCUGGAAAGGGUUUACAGCAGCGGAUGUUCUUCCUGUUUAAUGAUGUUUUGUUGUACACAAGUAGAGGCCUGACAGCAUCAAAUCAAUUUAAAGUCCAUGGACAGCUCCCACUGUAUGGCAUGACAAUAGAGGAAAGUGAAGAGGAGUGGGGAGUUCCUCACUGUCUUACACUACGAGGUCAACAUCAGUCCAUCAUUGUUGCUGCAAGUACCCGUGCUGAAAUGGACAAGUGGACUGAGGACAUACAGAUGGCGAUAGAUCUGGCAGAGAAAAGCAGUGGUCCCACCCCUGAAUUACUGGCUAGUAGUCCACCUGACAAUAAGUCUCCUGAUGAAACUACUGUAGACCAGGAAUCAGAGGACGAUCUCAGUGCAUCCCGCACCUCACUUGAACGUCAGUCCCCACACCGUGGCAACACUACGGUGCACGUCUGCUGGCACAGAAAUACCAGCGUUUCAAUGAUCGACUUUAGUAUUGCUGUGGAGAAUCAGCUCUCUGGAAACCUGUUAAGAAAAUUCAAGAACAGCAAUGGGUGGCAGAAGCUCUGGGUGGUAUUCACCAACUUCUGUAUGUUCUUCUACAAAUCGCACCAGGACAAUCAUCCUUUAGCCAGUCUUCCUCUCCUGGGGUAUUCACUUACCAUUCCUUCUGAAUCUGAGAACAUUCACAAAGAUUAUGUUUUCAAGUUACAUUUCAAAUCCCACGUGUACUACUUCAGGGCUGAAAGUGAAUACACAUUUGAAAGAUGGAUGGAAGUGAUCCGAAGUGCCACCAGCUCUGCCUCACGCACCCGUGUUCUAAGUCAUAAAGAGUCUCAUGUGUAUUGAUGGCUAAACACGCACCAAGUUGACCGUUCUAGCAGUUGCUGCUUUUCUAGAGGACAUUUGAAUAUAUUUUCUUCCUUAAAAUUUAGUAGAACUCUUUAAAAACAGCACCACAAAUGGUUUUGCUGCAACUUUGAUUGCCUCAGCAAAACUGUUUAACCUUAAGUCUUUCACACUUUCCAACUAGUUUCAUGUCCUGUAUUUUUUGUCAUUCUGUGUGCUGUUUUUUAGCUUGUGCCAGUAUUAAAAUAUUGUCCUUAUUCGAGUGCCAAAUGCCAAAAGACAUUUCCUUGCCUCAGAGAUUGCACCUGAAAAACAGUGCAAACUAAUUUGUAACUUCACAGUCUCUAGUGAGGCAAAUGCUAUUUCUUCUCUUUUCAUAAACUUUUUUUUAACAUGACUAUCUGUAGACUGCUGGAUUUUCACAGUAUACACUAUAAAGAUACACAGUAUAACAGCAGUGAGGUAAUUUUCAGAUUUAAUUUUUCAAUCUUUCUACAUACUAUUCAAGGAAUUACUAAUUUUCUAUCUUAAACAGUUUACAAUCUCAUUUCAUUUUGGGGUUACAUAUACAUAUAGUAUAAAUGAACUAUAGGAUUUAUCUUGCCUUUUUCUGGGUGCAAGUUGACCAAAAUUGUGUGUCUGUUAGUUUUGAACAGGGAAUACUACUUGCAAGAUGACUAGUUUUAAAAAUGAUUGGUGCAAUAUUAUUUGGGCUAUUAAUGUACUGUGAAUGGUGUGUACAAGGAGAAAUUAAAGGCUGCUGUGGUGUUUUGCCGUUUGUUUUACAAACUUGACAAAACCUGUAUGCUGUAAGAACCACAGCUAUUUGUGACUGAGUAAACUGAAGAGUGUUUUUGGUAAUUAAAGUGGACUCAAACACUAUAAACUGAUGGUACUACUUUCCCAAGCUUUCAUGAUGACUGCAUCUGAGUGCAACUGUUUCAUUUUUCACGGAGGAGUUGUAGUGGUCUACAAACUUUUUUGAAACUCUACUCCCUCUAGAGUGGUACUACUAACAGCUCAACAGAUGAUGACUGUUAUAUAUAGAGGGUGAAAGCUAUACAAAGCAGCUGAGACAUUUACUCCAUUUGGCAUAAUUAUCUACGUAUUUUAUCUAACAGCAUUUUUGGAUCAUCCAUUGGUCCAAUCAGAAUUUCAAGAAUUUGUCAGGAAUCACUCUACAGUGAUCAGUCAAUUUUCUUUGUUGUUUAUAUUAUAAAUGUAGGUUCAACCUACUAAACACACAGCUCUAUCCCAGUUAAGGGCUCCUUUCGGGGAACAAUGCAUGAAGCCAAGGGGGCUUGGAUAAAUACAGGAACCACAAAGAAAGGAGUGGGGAUUAUUCUACCACAAUUUUUUUUAUUGUGUAGCUACUGGAUUUGUUAAUCACUUGUCCUUACACUAUGUAUAAAAUGGUUUAAGUAUUGCUCACAACAAAAGGGAAUAAAAUACCUCACAACACAAUCACGCAUACUGCAAUUUCAAGGCAAAACUUUGUCAUUUGUCUUUUUUUUUUUCUAAAAACUUCAGUGAUCUUUUAGUGCUCCCAAGAAGUAUCAAAUUGCUUCAGGUUAAUGCUGAAAAGUUAUUUAGAUUUAAUUUGUACACCCAUGCGAACAUUUUCCAAAAUAAGAGACUAACAGUCUUCUAAAUCCUUAUUAUAUACACAACUGGGUCCUUCUGAAAAUCCCACCCAAGUGACUUCAAACUACUAGCCCUGAUUAAGGAGAAUAGUGUGGUUGAAUGAUUUCAGCUUUCCGGAUUUAUAGCAGAAGGCAGUGUUAGUUGCAAAUAUAGCACUAGCUAGUUGUUUAUCUGUUUUGUGUGAGAGUCUGUGGUGGUCUCACUGCCUGGACUUGUCUUUUUUGGCAUAAAUUUCUUAGGAAACUAGAGAUUUUUUCUAUUUGUUAGCAGACAUUCAGAUAAAGAAAUAAGUUCAAAUAAUCCUCUUUCUUUACUUUCUAUUUUAUAAUCUUACAUUUCUAAGGAGCUAGUACUAUGUAAAUAAAAUUGUGAUUUAAAGUUUA